CACACACACACACGCUUUCAGAUCCGCGCAUCUUCAUCUGUGCCGUCCUGCCAUGUCGCUUUAUCUUCCUCCUUCCUGAACAUCCUGAAACCAGCACAUUGAAUUGAAGAUCAACAGAACCAAACUGUCCGCAUCGACACAAUGAACUUUACACCCCUCCUUUCAUUCUACCUUAUCCUGCAGAGCAUUAGAGAUGUGUUGGCAGGGCAGUGCUGGCAGGGCCCAACAUAUUCUGAGACAGUAGUGUCUCCCGACCUGCGGAGCAGCAGUAUUCUGAGAGUUCCCGAGGUACUGACCCUGGCCCAGUGUAUAGGUGCCUGUUGUGAUCUUUCAGGCUGUGACCUGGCCUGGUUCUUUGAGAGACGUUGCUACAUCCUCAGCUGCGAGCAAAAAGAAAACUGCCAGGCCAAAAAGAGGCCUGGCACAGACUCAUGGUUGACUUUCCUACAGCGCCGGCGCCCACAGACUCUGGUUUUGCAGUCCCUGGUACGAGGUGAGCCUUAUGCCAGCAUUGGGCGACUAUUGCCCAGACACCGUGGCCCAGAGAACCCUCUGAAGGACCUGGCUUUGCUGGACGAUAUUCAAGAUUUGGACAACAACAAUGCAAUGGAAUAUGAUGACAGUUACAGGACUAUGGGGGAUGACAUGAGUGAAGAGAGGACUGCCUCAAAGAUGGAACUGGAGAAGAGUCUUGACUGGCCCCUUGAGGAAAGAGAUGGAUUUAACAUUUCAGAGAUGGAGGAAGGCAAAAUAAAACUACCUGUAAUGGAGAGCACUGAGAGCAGCCAGGUCACUUCCAGCUCAUCUCCAACAUUGACACUUGUAAGCAGAACACCUCCCAGUUCAGCAGAACCCACAUGGAGUCCUACGGCCUUGACUUCACCUGCUUUAAAUGAUAGGGAAGACCAAUUUAACAUCUCUUUUACCAAUUUGGACCCAACACCCAUGCCACAGGUGAUAAGUGCAGGUUCGUCGGAACUGAGCCCAGUUGGCAGUUCUUUCCCAUCUGCACCUAACAUGGAAGCCACGACCCCCAGCACCUUAACACUUCCAGUAGAAGCCUUGGUUGUGUCUGUUGGAGAUGUUGGUGAUAUAACACUUCCUGAGAAUGCAGUAGUUCUAACUGCUUCUGUGGAUACCCAAACUGAAACUGAGAACCCUUAUACAUAUGAAUGGAGUUUUGUUAGUGCACCAACUGGACACCCUGGAGUGAUAGAUGGAAAACAUAAGAAAACUGUAAAAGUCUCUGAGCUGUCUGCGGGGGUGUACAGGGUCAAAAUAAGUGUGUCUGGGAAGCAGGCCUAUGGAGAACAUUCUGUAAACUUCACCGUGCAUCCUGCAGUUAAGCUGAAUAGGCCACCAAAAUCAGUUGCUCUGCCCAAACACCAGGAUGUAUCUCCAUCUGUUAACACCAUCAUCUUCAUCAAUGGCAGCCAGAGUUCUGAUGAUUCAGGAAUAGUCAGUUACCUGUGGGAGCAGGUAGAAGGACCACUGAUAAACAGUGAUAGUCUCAUGAACAACUCUGUACUCACACUGCAGAACAUCUCUCCUGGAGACUACACAUUUAGGCUGACGGUGGUAGAUUCUGAGGGACUAAGUGACUCUGCCACUGCCACUGUGAGAGUCAGCAGUGUGGAAGACAAGCCUCCGGUGGCAGUAGCAGGUACUGAACAGGUCAUCAGGCUUCCUUUGAAUCACCUGACUUUGUGGGCCAAUCAGAGCACAGACGAUCAUGCCAUCAGGAGCUUUCUAUGGCGCCUUCUGUCUAGCAGUCCGGCCAAAUCUGUAACGAUGCAGGGUGCCAGAUCUCCAGCUCUGCAGCUCUCUGAUCUCCAGGAGGGUCAAUACACUUUCCAGCUUACUGUCACAGACUCCAGCGGUCAACAGGAUUCAGAUACAGUUUCAGUCACUGUACUUGCUGACAACAGAGCUCCUGUAGCUGUGGCAGGCCCUGACAGAGAACUCAUUCUUCCAAUGAGCAGCCUUACACUGAAUGCCAGUGACAGCACUGAUGACCAAGCCAUCACCAGCUACCAGUGGGAAAUCAUCAGUGGCCCUCCUGGAUCAGAGAUAAAGAAUGCCAGCACAGCAGUUGCACUGGUGUCAGGCUUGCAAGCUGGAAGUUACAAGUUUAAGCUGGAGGUGCGGGAUGAGCAGGGAGCGUCUGACAGUACUGUUCUUACAGUUACAGUCAAAGAAGCUGAAAGCCUACCUCUCAUCGCCCAUGCAAGUGGGAGCCACACUCUUACCUUACCCAAUAAUUCUCUGGUGCUUAAAGGCUCUGCAUCUAACUGUGGCUCUUCAAACUUGUCUUUCUUCUGGGUCAGAGACGAGCAGAGUCCAGCUGCAGGGGACAUUUUGUUUGGUUCAGAACAUGAGGCCUCUUUGUACCUGGCCAACCUUGUAGAGGGUACUUACUUGUUCCAGCUGCGAGUCAGUGAUGCUCAGGGUCGCUCCAGUACUGCAAUGGCAACGCUGGAAGUCCGUCCCGAUGUGCGUGAGCGGGAGGAGGUGGAGUUGGAGCUGCAGGUCCCCUUAGCUCAGGUUAGUCAGCAGCAGAAGGAGUCAGUGGUGAGGCAGCUUGCUGCGCUACUACAUGUGCUGGAUGCAGACAUCACUAUGAAAGGACUGCAUGGCCAGUCUGAUAUCAGCACCGUUUUUAGGUUCUCAGUGCAGGGCCCUGAUGGGAUCAUUCCCGCCCCAAAACUGGCUCGUCUUCUGAAGUACCAGCUUCUGAAGGAGAAAACAGAUUAUCUGCUCUUUAAAGUUCUGAGAGUCGACACCGUCAUGUGUUUACUGCUCUGUUCUGGUCAUGGUCAAUGUGACCCUGUCACUCGAAGUUGUUCCUGUGAUCCUCUGUGGAUGGAGAACCCCUUUAGAUACUUCCUUGAUGAUGAGAGCAACUGUGAUUGGAGUGUUCUGUAUGUCACAGUCUGCUGUGUGUUGGUGAUCAUUUUUCUGGUGUCGUCAAGCUGGGCCUGGUGUAAAAGGAGCAGACGCACAAAAGUGAGAAAGAAAACCAAGUACACAAUACUGGACAAUAUGGAUGAACAGGAGAGAAUGGAAUUACAGCCAAAAUACAAUAUCAAGCACAGGAGCACCGAGCACAACUCCAGCCUGAUGAUGUCAGAGUCUGAAAUUGAUAGCGAGCAGGACACUAUCUUCAGUUACGAGAGGACGGACAGAGCCAGAAACCGCAGUAACGGUGCCAUGAUGAACGGAGACACGUACAGUCUACGGCCCGUGGAAGGUUGAGACUUUUCUUCGAAGAGAACUGCAUUGCACAGUGCUACUUUAGAAUCUUUGCAGGUUACAGAGACUUGCUGAAUGUUAUCACUGUUAUGACGUUUCUGAAGAGCACAGACGUUUGAAUGUGUAAAUAGUCUUUGUCAUUAUGCAAAGCAUAUUAUUUGCUUAAUUUAUUUUGCAUAAUUUAAUACCAGUGGGGAAACACCAAAAGCAACAAAUGAUUUUUAGGGAUUUUAUUGCACGGUUUGAUGUUGAACAGCAUCCCAUUGCUGUCAAAUUCAUUUAUCUAUUUCUAACUAAAUUACCUCCAUAGAAUAUGACAUGAAUUUUACAAUUGUGUUACACUGAUGGCUUCAGAGCAAAACAACAACCCAAAAAUCCAAGUAAGUCACUUACCUGAAACACUAAAUCAUGUUUGUGAGCAAAUUGGACCCUACAUUUGAAUGUAAUUGUAUCUGGUUGGUAGCAGUGGGUCCCAUGACUAGCCUGGUGCAGUGAGUUUGAAUUUUUAAUUCAGAUAUGAUCAGUAAAUGGAGAGAUUUGGCCCCUUUUGUUUUACCAACCAGUUACAAAGUUUUUCUGUAUCAGGUUUUAACCACAUAUCUCAGGACCCAGGAGCCAAAAACCCAAGGGAAUUCUUACUUAAAUCCCCACCUUGUAAUUUCUAUUAAUUUCCUUUCCAUAUAUAAGUAGGGGCAGCACGAGUGGCCGGUUAAUUGGUGGUUAGUGCUGCCACCUCAAAUCUCCAGGGAAUGGGGGAUUGACUCUCACCUCUGGUCAGAUGUUCUGUGUGCAUGGAUUUUCCCCUCAUGCUUAAUUUAUGAGUUUUCUCCCACAGUCCAAAGACAUGCAGUUCAGGCUGAUUGGAUUUUUCCAAAUCACCUGUAUUAUAUGAUGUGACUGUGGGUUGCCAAAGAUUGAGGUGCCGGUCAAUGUAAUAAGCAUGAAGCCAUAGGUCACUGCAGCCAACCAUUGCUUUGUGAUGUCAGUUUAGAUGGGUUGAUGAUUGUAAAUCAGUAGUCCCUAGGCAAACAGUUGCCUCUUAAUUCUCUCUAUAACCUAUGCUUCUAUGUUUCAGGUGAUGCCAUUAUUUUAUAUUAUUUAAUAUUUUCAUAUUUUAAUUAAUGAUUUAGACUAUGGUGAAAGCAGCUGCUCUAAAUACUUUACAUAAACCCAAUUUAAGCUCAACCCCAUUAAAAAAAAACAAAA